CUAUUUUGUGCCGAAUUUAAAAAUAAAAUAAAUUUGCCUCUGAAUUCGACGACAUAACAGUUUCUUUAUGUUACCGCCAUCAUUCCUGGAAUUCCCAAUGAUUACCAAUCCAACACAUGUCUUGACGUAAUGGAAAUAUCUGGACAUGGCAAUAAGGAUUCUUUUGUUGUUUGUUUCAUCUUAGAAGUCGCAAAAAAAUAAAUAAAAGAGACUGUCAAAUUGAUCAGUGACAAUUUCAUGACGCAUUCUGUGAGUGUGGAGUCACAUCGAGGUAGUAGGAAGCUGUGAUAAGAGAAAAAGGUAGCGACUUCCAAGUUUGACCAUGUUAAAAGAACAUAUCACUGAGCAUUCGUUAUCUCGAUUCUAUACCAAGGUCUGCAUUUUUUUUAUCCUGGAGAUUUCCGAUUACGUUCGACAUUGAGAAGAUAUACUAUUCCUAUUUCUGUCAAUACUUGUGUUGGUUUAACAAAGUUGUGAAACUCAGUUUAAGUCAAUAACAGCUUUGAAUAUAAUUUAUUGCAAAGACAUAUCUCACACUUAAAGAUAAGGAGUCCCCACACACCCACAGAAAGAAACAGAUAGCAAAGAUAUCGUGACCAAGAUUGCAAUGGCAUUCCGAAAUCGUUUUUCCAAGAUUCGAGCGAGUAUAUAUAAAAAAAAGAACGAUGUCUAUAACGUGGAGAAACAGAGCAUAAAGAUGUUACGCACACACAGUAGCAAUAACAUUGACCAAGAAGGAAAUAACGCUCUUCAUCUUGCAGUUAUAGAAGGUGACUAUGAUAGUGUCAAAAAGAUAUGUUCCUACCAUCGAAACAUAGAUUUGCCCAACAAUGAAGGAAACGACGCCUUAAUGUUAGCUGUUAUUCAUAAACACGAAACGAUUGCGAAUUAUCUACUCUCCAUUGGGGCACAAACAUGUACCAGAAAUAAACAUGGACUCACUGCUUCUGACCUGGUCGAUAAGAACACUUCAAAGACGCUUGUAAAUCUAAUUUCGCUGAAUAUGAGAAACGCGAAAUGCAGAAAAGAUUCGUCAACCCAAUCAUAUGAUACAUUAGAGAGGCAAGAUUUAACAAAAGAAAAUCCGAGUGCUAACAACAAUGACAUCGUUGAUAAUACUAGAAAUUCCGUUGGCAGAAAUGCUGAAAAAUACCCUGUGAAUGAAGCUGAUUUAGAAAAUGAGACGUCAUCAGAAACAGACAACCAACGUUUUUCAUCCGAUGUGAGAAAAAUUUAUUUAAAGUCUAAAUACAAUGAAGUUUACAAAACAGAAACUUUUAGACUAAAUAAAGAUCUGGAAAAUAAACAGCCACAAUCCCAGAUCUCACAGCGACUUAAUUUUGAUUCAUCUUUACAAGGUUUCUAUAAAGUACAGUCUGACCCAAAUAUCCUCUUCGAAAAUUAUAGUGAUUAUGUUGAACAAUCAACUCAAACUGAUCUUAUAGAGCGUUACACCCACACUGAAAGAAUCGCACAAUCCACCCAAACUAACGAAAUUGCACAAUCUAUCCAAAAAAGCAGAUUUGCACAAUCAAGCCAAACUAACAGAAUUUCACGAUUCACACAAACUGACAAAAUUGAACAAUCUACCCAAACUGACGGAUUUGCACAAUCUUCUCAUGCUGAAAGACUUCUUAGCCAUAGUGAUAAAAAUGAAGAAUCAACAUGUUCUGAUUCACUAAGCAAAGACUUUUAUAACAUAACAUGCUGGCUAGCAAUCUGUUUAUUGAAUCUUUUAACGAACAAUAAUGCAAUCCUACAAUCUGGUCUGACAGAGGUCAAUAUUCAAUCUUCUAAGCCUAAUAUCAAUUUACAAAGUCAAAUCAAUUGUACCAAAAAAACGUUUCUACACGAUACAACGAUUGAUCAAAACAAUGAGAAUAAUACGACAUUCUCUCUAUUCGACGAGCCAGACAAUCUUUCUAAUGAGCAGGAACAUUCAGACCUGGCAGCCCUAGUUUUGCAGUCUGCUGAUCAGUCCUAUAUUAAGGUACCUGCCCCAGGAAAAUCCCAAAGAGCUUUCAAUGUUAAACGGAGUGUAAGCUCGAUAGAGAAAGUCGAACAUCCGAAGGAGCUUCAGAGAGAUGCAAAGAAACAGGCUUGCAGUCUUGAUAAAAUCUGUGAAAUGGCUCCCGAAGAUGAUAAACAGAAAAUGUCAAAAUCAUGUCCUGAUAUUUCCUUUUACUACACUACUGUCAACAUCAAUGGAAAAGAUUCUAAAAUCGCAAUGGACGGAAGCAAACUCAACAUCAAUAAGGAAGCAUAUAGCUCACACGAGUAAGGAAAAGAAACAACAGAAAAUGAAACGGUUUGGCUGUAUCUUUGCACAAUAAUACAGUCAAUAUAUAAUUGUAAUAUUUCUUUGGAAUUAAUAAAGCUAAUUGUAAAUACUUAGUGUAAAUAAAACAUUGGUUAUUAUAACCAAGUUAAAUGGCAUUUCCAUUAAUUUCUCCUCCCACCACAUACCUAAGAUUCUCAAUAUUUGUGUUUUAAAUAAACUCUUAAUGUGGUAUGAUUCGAUAGAAAAUUAUUUAGCAGUUUUUUGAACUUUUUAUAAAAGUAAAGUUCUCCGUUCAGACCUUGCAAUUUAGAUCUAUAGGGCAGAUGAUGUAAAGGUCAUCUACUUCUGUGGCCCAAGGUUAACUGACUAAUGGAGUAAUGUGGUAACUGAAAAAAAACUAAGAAAGUGAGUACCUAUUAAGAAAGUAAAAAGUGAAGUUCCUCUUUCAUACAUUUCGAUCUAUGGAGCAGAUGUAAAGAUCACUGCCCAACAGUUAACGGGGGUGUCAUGAGGCCAGCACAACGACCAACCGCCUUUACUUUUCUUCAACUAAUGUCUGGUACCCAUUAGAGCUGGUUGGAUUCAAAAGCGACCAAAGAUCCCGAAAUUAAAAGUUCCAGUCUUCACCAGGAUUCAAACCCCCGGUUCGGUAGCCAAGCGAUUUAUCACUCAGCCACAACGUACCCCUAGCACAAAUUUAUACAAACUCACAUGAGCGUUUUAUAAGAACUAUUCAUGUCUCAUUCAGGGCGAGUAAAUAAACUUAACUAAUAUGUGUGUGUGUAUGUAUGUGUUUAUGUUUGUGCGUGAAAAUCAUAUAGGUAUAAAAUAUACAUCUUUAUUUUGUCCAGCUAUAGAAAUUGGGUAUUUAUAGGGAUACCAGACAUCUUGAAUUACAUUGGUGGACAAAAUCAGCAACAAGCUGUACAAAGGAAGAGAAAUAAAAAAAUAACUCAACAAACAAACAUGAAAUUGCUAGUCAGCUUUUGGCAUUAGUUUAUUAGCGCAAACAUAGACUGCUUGUAGAACUUUCAUGCACGAUCAUGUCUUCAGAUUGUAUUUUGUGAGAAAAAUGCCCCUCAGACUCCAUUCAAAGUCUCAUUUGUCAACUGUGCAUUGACUCCAUUCAAAGUCUAAUUUGUCAACUGUGCAUUGACUCCAUUCAAAGUCUCAUUUGUCAACUGUGCAUUGACUCCAUUCAAAGUCUCAUUUGUCAACUGUGCAUUGACUCCAUUCAAAGUCUCAUUUGUCAACUGUGCAUUGACUCCAAUCAAAGUCUCAUUUGUCAACAGUGCAUUGACUCCAUUCAAAGUCUCAUUUGUCAACUGUGCAUUGACUCCAAUCAAAGUCUCAUUUGUCAACUGUGCAUUGACUCCAUUCAAAGUCUCAUUUGUCAACAGUGCAUUGACUCCAUUCAAAGUCUCAUUUGUCAACUGUGCAUUGACUCCAAUCAAAGUCUCAUUUGUCAACUGUGCAUUGACUCCAUUCAAAGUCUCAUUUGUCAACUGUGCAUUGAUCAGCAAAGGAAGCUUUUUCAACGUUGGUUUAACGUCUACAUUUUUAAAAAUUCCUUCAGAAAUAAAGAUUUUUACGACGGUUCCGACUCGGGACCAGUCUUACGGCAUUCUCAAACACAUACCAAAUGAACUGGCAGCCAUUCUGACUAUAGCAGUGUGGUCGGGAAAAAAAACAGAAACUUGAAGUAGCAUGUUUAAAUUAACACUCCAUAAAGGAGACUGUAAUUAAAUAAACAAUAUUUUUAUGUUAUUACACCACCUUCAUAUAUACCUUAGUCUGUUGAACCAUUGGGGCACCAAACAUGAUCUGUUGAUCGUCUUCUUCCAUUUUUCUCCAUCCUCUGCAUUUAGGAGAAUCUCUUCCAAAGACAGGCCUGUCAACUCUUUCACGUUGUCUUCCCAUCGCUUUCUCUGUCAGCCUCUUCUUAUUCUUAAAAAGCUCAUAUCAACUCUGUCUGUCUGGUAAAAAGAUUGAACAUGUUUUUUCUCACAUUUCUCAUUUUCGUACCAUGUUAAAACCCAAAAAAUUAACCAAUUAUUUAAUUACAAAUUACUAAUUAAUUAAUUUUGUUUUAAUAUACCAGAAAUGGAGUUAAACCUUGUAAUUUUCAGUAAAUGAUUGUAAUUAGCGUUUCUUUCCCUUAGAUAAGCUUUGUUUUUUAAAAGUGUUCUUUUUUUUCUAUUGUUUGUUCCUGGUACUGUUCCCUCAAGGAAGGUCUUUGAGAGCCAUGUUACUAAGCAAUGUUUAUCUGUUUUAAACUACAAGUUAGUCUAUUUGUAAAACAAUAAUUUUGAAGGACUGGAUUAGAUCGUUGGAAAAUAUACAAUUGUAGUAAAGAGCAGAGUAAAAGGAACGCGUUUGGGUGGAUACAGCUCUCUAGCUAAUAACCAGUUAAAUAGUCUCUCGCCAAUAGUCUAGGUGUCCCUCGGGUUCUUUUUGUAACCACAACAGACUUAAAUAACUCAGUCGGAUUCUUUACCACAAACUUUAUUGUUCCAUCCCUUUAUUGCUCACGGGUCACUGGUCUCGUGCAAAUUGUACACACGUCCGGUCAUUCUCUCAGGCCUUCGCACUGACACAUACAAGUAAAAUUUGAUUAUAUACACAUGCGCACAUAUGUGACAACAUGUUUUGUUUAUUUGGUUAAAACUUAUUAAAAGCGUAUAUGUCAAGGUCGGUUUUACAGGUUUAACUUGGGGAAGAUAUUCUUUACUGGGCUUUUCAUCUCGGGAUGCUUAUGUCUUAAUUAUAUAACACCGAACACGAAGUAAAUGUUAAAGAACUGUGAAUGAAUGAUCAACGAUCGUUAGCAAUAAAAUAUUUUAUACUAAAAAGUGAAUAGAUAAUGAACGUUAAUAUACAAAGUAGUUAAAAAUGUGAAUAAUAAUUUCAUACAUUACUUACAUUAGUAAUUAUGCAAAAUAAACACACCUCACGGAAACACACUUAAUUUUGGCCACACGGCCCAUUACUCUGCUACUACGAGGGCUGCCUGGUCGUGCGGUUUGCGCGCUGGACUUUCGUUCGGACUUAUCGAUGGUCCCGGGUUCAGACACUGCCCGCUCCAAUCCCCCGUCGUCCUGAGGGAGGUUUGGACUAGGAAGUAAAAAUAAAUUAUUUUCAACUCUGAAGGAACAUCAGAAAUAUGUGAAACAUUUUACAAACAACAUUUUACAUCAAGGGGACUGUAGGAUCCACACUAAUCACUAGGACUGUGCGACCUGUCCAAACCAAAGCCUGGCUCAGUUACGGCUCAAAGGGCGAACUCAAAAGCAAGCAAUACAUCACAGCCCCAUGCCUAACAACAUUUAGAUCGGGGAAAGAGUGGAAACUGUAGCGCAGAACGCCUUCUCCGCUAGAGUAAGUACUGGAAACCAAGGCAUGAAUCUAACUCACACAAUGUUCUUGAAAGCAAUUCACGCAAAAUACAAACUAGUUCCAAUGCCAAUGCCAACAAACACGAUUAUUAAGCAAGAAAAAAAACCUAUAUAUAUAUAUAUAUAUUAGACAUAUAUUACCCGCGGUCCGCGGGUUUUUUUGUUUGCGUAUAACUGUCGAUGAGUCACUGAGAGUGGUUUGUAAAGUAACGUCUGUGUUAUAUAAGAUAAGAUAAGAUAAUGUUAUAAGUAAAGCGAAUGCGUAAAUGUAAAAAUAGCACGAAUGGUGCUAUCAAAAUAGCUAAUCGACUUAAAUCCAUUUUUUUCAAAUAAAACCAUUUGCUUGUAGGCCUACAUAUAUUUGAUUAACAUUUUAAAUGAAUAGACUUAAUUUUGUAUGUUCACGUGUUAAAGAAUAAAGUAGAUCUUGAGUUAGACAUAGAUCUAGAUCUAGAGUAAUCUAAAGUUAAAUAUUGGCUUGGAUAGAGUUCAUUUUGCACGUGCGCAUGCGUGACCUUUUUAAUUAGAUGUACGCGAAUGAAUGAAACUAUUAGAAUAUAUCUUAACACGGCUUCGCUGCUUUAGCGAACGAAUGCAUGAAAAAUACUUUAGAAAAACAAAUUUGAAUGUUAAUUUAAUUAAAAUAUGAAAUAAAUGGACUAUAAUUAGUAUGUUCAUGUGUUUAAGUAUAAAACUAUCUUUGCGAAGAGAAGUUCUAUCAUCUUACAGUUGAAUUAGAGUUUUAGACCUAGGAAUAGAAAGAUGUGCAACAUUACGGUAUUGUCUAAUGAAAGAAUGCUCAUCAGGAAUUCUACAUUCGCAGAUACAAGGAACGAAUUUAUGUAAAAAAAUGCUUUUAAAACACAUAUUUGAGGUAAAAUUUUAUUAAAUAAUGAAAUCAAUGGACUAUAUUUUGUAUUUUCAUGUGUCAAAGUAAAAAACUAUCUGCGCAAAGUGCAACUCUUAAAAUUAGAUCUAGAUCUAUAUCCUUUCGAUCUUUUCUCAUGUAAACAUGGCCUAGAUUUAUAAGGUACAAUACUUUUAUAGAGUUGGGCAACUUUUUCUUUUUUUAGGGUCUUAAGUUUGUUUUAGGGCUACAAUACAUACACUACGGUCUAAGUUAAUACCCAAGGAACAUUUCUGCCAAGUUUUAUCAACAUCUAUUCGGGGACAUACAUACAUACAUACGCCUCACAUUCUACUUUAUAUAUUAGAUAACAUAUAUAUAUUGUUCUAUUUGUAUUAUGUGCUUUUUAUCUUCUAAUUGGUUUAUUUAGUAACAUUAUAAAUGCUUAGAAUAUAUAUAUAUAUAUAUAUAUAUAUAAUCCAAUUAUUCUUACUGAUAAUUGAUAUUUUCAAAAACAAAACUAUUUGUAUGGGUUUUAAAGUAAGGUAAACUGACGUUAAUUGUAUAUCUUUUGUUUCAUUUGUCAUUGUUUGCUUACUAUGUGAUGCUCCUUUUUUUUAAUCAACAUAGAAUUGACGUUUUUUGUGUUUUUUUUUACUUUUGGUACAUACUAUACAGGUUUAGAGUAAAAAAAAACACUAAAAGUCACAGCAUUGGUUUUAAAAAAAUGUAGAUUUUCAUACAUGGGUGCAUAUUUAGCAAGAGUUUUGGCGUAUCCGGCGUAAAGAAUACGGAAGUAUUAAUUAGCGAAAUAUUUAAAUCAACCAGACAAUAGUUGUGUGCUAUUUUCAAGACUGUAGAAUCAAAUUUUUAAGCUCUUUUGCUUGGAGCACAAAGUAAUUUGUAUUAUUUAGUUGAUCUAAUAUGUUGUCCUUGACAUUGCUUGAUUCCCAGAUUGUUUUUAAAAUUUCUUCCAAUCUUCCAUUUUUUUCUAAAUGUUUUCUUUAACUCCCAUAAUAUCGUCACCACAUUUCUCCAAAGCACGUUCUCUUAUUUGUUUUGUCUUGCUAUAUUCAAAUGUUCAAUUGCUUAAAAACGUAAUCCAGAUCUUCUAAUUCAAAGUGUAUACAAUGAGCGGGGUACUGUGAUUAUCUUUUGAUGUGAAAAUAUCUAAUAAAAAAAACAUUGAUUAAAAAAAAAUCUUUAAUUGUUAUUUUUUUUUUCAA